GUUGCAUCAUAGCAUCUUAGCUCGGGACGGACGAGCUCUUUUGGGGCCUUUUUUUCCCGCUCAGACAUGGACAACAACUCACAAAGCUCCGGGGGACUUAAAGGUGGUCUUGGCGGUCUCUUCGGAUGUGGAGCCCCGGAAUAUUCCAACACGGAGCUCACCGGCGUUCCUUUGACUGGAAUGAGCCCCCUGUCCCCUUACCUCAACGUGGACCCUCGUUACCUGGUUCAGGACACAGAUGAGUUCAUUCUACCUCCAGGCGUUAACAAAACCAGAGGAAGGUUUGAGCUGGCUUUCUUUACCAUUGGAGGCUUCUGCAUUACAGGAGCUACAUUUGGCGCUUUGAAUGGUUUCAGGAUGGGCCUAAAGGAGACCAGAGGCAUGGCAUGGUCCAAACCACGUAACGUACAGAUCAUCAACAUGGUGACCAGGCAAGGUGCUUCAUGGGCCAACACUUUGGGAUCUGUUGCCCUGUUGUACAUUGCGUUUGGUGUGGUGAUCGAGAAGGCUCAGGGAGCCGAGGACGACAUCAACACAGUAGCAACCGGCACGCUAACGGGGAUUCUCUUCAAAUCAGCCAGUAGGUGUCUUUUCACAUAGGGAUGGACAAUUAAU